AUGAAGAACCUGCUAAUUAUAUUUGUCCUGACCUUUUGGACUGAAACAUUGACAUAUCAGAGCCCAGACCCAGGACCUCAGUAUGCAGACGUGGUGUUUCUGGUGGACAGCUCUGAUCACCUGGGAAUUAAGUCCUUCCCUCUGGUGAAAACAUUCAUCAACAAAGUGAUCAACAGUCUCCCCAUAGAGGCCAGCAAAUACCGCGUGGCCCUGGCCCAGUACAGCGACAAGCUCCACAGCGAAUUCCAGCUGAACACCUUCAAGAGCAAGAAUCCCAUGUUAAACCACCUCAAGAAGAACUUUGUGUUCAUGGGCGGCGCCCUGCGGAUCGGAAACGCUCUCCGGGAGGCUCACAGGACCUAUUUCUCUGGACCUGCAAACGGCAGAGACAAGAAGCUGUUUCCCCCGAUUCUGGUGGUCCUGGCUUCGGCCGAGUCCGAGGAUGACGUGGAAGAGGCUUCCAAGGCUCUCCGGGAGGACGGGGUGAGGAUCAUCUCGGUGGGGCUGCAGAAAGCGUCUGAGGAGAACCUGAAGGCCAUGGCCACGGCUCAGUUUCAUGUGAACCUUCGGACUGUCAGAGACCUCAGCACGUUCUCCCAGAACAUGACGCAGAUCAUCAAGGAUGCGGUUCAGUACAGGGAGGAAGCAGCUGACCCUGAUAGCAAAGUGUCCUUCCCCAUGACCUGUCAGAAAGAUUCACUGGCUGACCUCGUGUUCCUGGUGGAUGAGUCUGUUGGGACUACACAAAAUCUAAGGAGCCUGCAGAACUUCCUGAAGAACAUUACCAUGUCCCUGGAUGUGAAGGACAACUGCAUGCGGCUUGGACUUAUGAGUUACAGCAGUCAGGCUGAGGCUAUUUCUCUUCUGAAGGCAAGCACAAAUAAAUCUGCAUUUGAGGAGCAAAUAGAGAAGCUUUCUCUCCGGACUGGAAAAUCCAAUGCUGGGGCUGCCAUUGAAAAGUUGAGGAGAGAAGGCUUCUUAGGGUCCAGUGGCAGCAGAAGGGCCCAGGGCGUGCCUCAGAUCGCUGCCCUGGUCACUCACAGAGUCUCGGACGACGAGGUACGUGAGGCCGCGAUGAAGCUUCGUCUGGAAGAUGUAACUGUGUUUGCCAUGGGCAUCGAAGGGGCUAACAAUACCCAGUUAGAAGAAAUAGUAUCUUACCCUCAGAGACAGACAACGUCCAUGCUGAAGUCCUAUGCAGAUUUGGAAACUUACAGCACGAACUUCCUGAAAAAGGUCCAGAAUGAAAUAUGGUCCCAAAUUUCCACUCGAUCUGAACAAAUGGAUCUUGACAAAACUGGCUGUGUGGAUACAAAAGAGGCGGAUUUCUAUUUUCUCAUCGAUGGCUCAACCAGCAUCGGGGGAAAAGACUUUGAACAAAUCAAGGAAUUUAUGUUGGGGGUGAUCGACAUGUUUAGCAUUGGCCCAGACAAAGUCCGAGUUGGGACUGUGCAGUUUUCGGAUGAGAAGAGAAUGGAAUUUGAUAUCCAUAUUUACACGAAUGACGUGGACUUAAGACAAGCUGUUUUAAAUAUCCAGCAACUCGGUGGAAGAACUACCACUGGGGCAGCCCUGGAUUUCACGCUGCCAAUAAUAAGGGAGGGAAGGAAGCACAGGUCCAGCGAGGUUCCCUGCCACCUCAUUGUGCUGACAGAUGGGAGGUCUUAUGAUGAUGUCCUGGAACCUGCUGACAGAAUCAGGGCUGAGCAAAUCACCAUUCAUGCUGUUGGUAUUGGGGAUGUGAACAAAACACAACUGCUACAAAUUGCUGGGAAAGAAGAAAGGGUUAGCUUUGGGCAGAACUUUGAUUCUUUAAAAAGCAUCAAAAAUGAAGUUGUCCGCAGCAUCUGCAUGGAAAAAGGAUGUGAAAACAUGAAGGCUGACAUCAUGUUUCUGGUGGACAGCUCUGGCAGCAUAGGACCUGAAAAUUUUGAGAAAAUGAAAACCUUCAUGAAGACCGUGUCCUCUAAGAUUCAAAUUGGUCCAGACAAAACUCAAGUUGGCGUCGUUCAAUUCAGUGGUUAUAAUAAGGAAGAGUUCCAGCUUAAUAAAUACUUUACCCAAAAAGAAAUUUCUGAUGCAAUAGACAGAAUGACUCACAUUAACCAAAACACUUUGACCGGAAGUGCACUAACCUUUGUAGCUGAAUAUUUCACCCAUCCCAAGGGAGCCCGACUUGGAGUAAAAAAGUUUCUCAUUCUGAUCACGGACGGAGAAGCACAGGAUGAUGUGAGAGAACCUGCUAGAGCUCUUCGGGGCAAGGAUGUGAUCAUCAUCUCUGUGGGCGUGUAUGGUGCCAAUAGGACUCAGCUAGAGGAGAUCAGUGGGGAUGGCAGCCUGGUCUUCCAUGUCGAGAAGUUUGAUUAUCUAAAGGCAAUAGAAAGUAAACUCCUCUCCCAUGUGUGUGCCCUUUAUGAUUGUAAAAGCAUCAGCCGGUUGGACGUUGUGUUCGUGCUGGAUCACUCAGGCAGCAUAGAGGAACCCCACCAAGAAAGCAUGAUUAACCUGACUGUCCAUUUGGUGAAUAAAGCGGAUGUUGGCCGGGACCGAGUUCAGUUUGGAGCUGUCAUGUACUCUGACAAUCCUGAGAUUCUUUUCUACCUCAAUACAUAUUCAAACCGAUCAGGAAUCGUUGAGAAUCUGAGGAGGCGCAGGAGCACCGGUGGGGGUACCUACACUGCCAAGGCUCUCAGUCACACAGACAUCCUGUUCACGGAGGAACACGGCAGCCGCAUCAAGCAAAAUGUGAAGCAGAUGCUGGUCAUCGUCACCGAUGGGGUAUCCAAUGACCGAUACAUGCUCAAUGACACAGCAUCAAAAUUAAGAGACAAAGGCAUCAUCAUCUACGCAGUGGGUGUAGAUCAGGCCAACCAAGAUGAACUUGAGAUUAUAGCAGGGGAUAAAAACAAUACUAUCCAUGUACGUGAUUUUGACAAACUUAAAGAUAUUUCCUUGCCUCUACAAGAAGUCAUGUGUACCAAUGCACAAGAGCCCUGUAAAACUCGAGAAGCCGAUGUGAUUUUCCUCUGUGAUGGCUCUGACAUGGUAUCUGACUCAGAGUUUGUUACCCUGACAACUUUCUUGUCAGACUUAAUUGAUAAUUUUGACAUUCAGUCGCAAGCAAUCAAAAUUGGGAUGGCUCAAUUUGGGAGCCGCUACCAAGAAAUUAUCGAGUUGGACAACUCUCUGACUAAACCCCAGUGGAAGACUCAAAUUCAAACUAUCACCAAGAGCAAUGGGCGUCCGCAAAUCAACUUGGCCCUUAACAAAGUGAGCUUUAUGUUUUAUCCAUCUGUUGGUGGGAGAAGAAAUGCUGGUGUCCCUCAAACUUUGGUUGUGAUCACAUCUGGGGAUCCCCAAGAUAAUGUGGCAGAUGCAGUAAAAGUUCUGAAAGAUCUUGGCAUCUGUGUCCUGGUUUUGGGCAUAGGACAUGUUCAUAAAGCACAGCUUCUACCGAUAACAGGCAAUUCUGAAAAAAUAAUCACCUUUCAAGACUUUAAUAAAUUAAAGAAUGUGGAGGUGAAAAAAAGGAUUGUCCGGGAAAUCUGCAAGAGCUGUGGGAAAACCAAUUGCGUUGUGGACAUAGUGGUUGGGUUUGACAUGUCCACUCACCUGCCUGGGCAUCCAUUGUUCCUUGGCCACCCCCGGCUGGAAUCAUACCUCCCAGGCAUCUUAGGAGACAUCACUUCCAUCAGGGGGGUGAGCUGUGGGGCAGGCGCAAAGACACACGUGAAUGUGGCCUUUAAGGUGAACAAUGAUCAAGCAUUCCCUGCCAAGUUCCAAAUCUACCAGGAACCAAUAUUUGAAAACCUGCUGCAAGUCACCGUCAAUGGGCCAACUCAUCUGAAUGCACAGUUCUUGCAGAGGCUGUGGGACACGUUUGAGGAUAAAUCUGCAUCCCGCGGACAGGUGCUACUCAUCUUUUCAGAUGGUCUUGGGAGUGAAAGCAUCACUAUGCUUGAAAACCAAUCAGACAGUCUUAGAGAAGCAGGUCUUGAUGCUUUGCUGGUAGUGUCCCUGAACACAACUGCUCAUGACGAUUUCUCCAGCUUUGAAUUUGGAAAAGGAUUUGAUUACAGGACUCACCUGACCAUUGGAAAUAGAGACCUUGGCAAAAUGCUAUCACAGUAUCUGGGAAACAUUGCAGAGAGGACGUGCUGCUGUACACUUUGCAAGUGUCCAGGGACUCCAGGACCUCAUGGGACCCGAGGACUGCAAGGCUUGAAGGGUUCUCUAGGUCUAAAAGGCACCAGAGGACACAGGGGAGAGGAUGGAGACCAUGGAAUGCGAGGAGAAACUGGACCCGCAGGAGAUAAAGGGAUCGCAGGAUGUCCAGGGCAGUGGGGUCAAAAGGGAGUCAGAGGAUUGCCUGGAUCUAAGGGAGAACUGGGAGAAGAUGGAAUCGAUGGUCUCGAUGGGGAGGAGGGCUCUCAUGGAUUUCCUGGAAAAAAGGGAGAAAAAGGUGACCCAGGAUCUCAGGGCAGCCCAGGUGCCAGAGGCCCCCCUGGAGAGUAUGGGGAGAAGGGCUUCCCAGGGGAUCCUGGUAAUCCAGGACAAAACAGUAACAUCAAAGGACAGAAGGGCUCUGAAGGACAACAAGGAAGACAAGGUAGAACCGGACAGAAAGGGACACAAGGCAGGCCUAAUUCCAGUGGAGACGUGGGAAGAGAAGGCCACAGGGGGCCCCAGGGGGUCCCGGGGGAGCCGGGAGAUCCUGGACCUGCAGGCGCUCUGGGAGCUGAAGGAUUACAAGGCUCACAGGGGUCCACUGGGAUUCCUGGCAGCAAAGGAGAGAAGGGGAGCCAGGGGCAUAAAGGACCUCAGGGUUCUCCUGGACCAGCGGGAGCUGAAGGGAGUGCUGGAAGACCUGGACCUUCGGGGAAAAAAGGAGAACCUGGAAUUCCUGGAGAUCCUGGGCCAGUGGGGCAACCUGGACAGCAAGGAAAACAGGGAGAUUAUGGCAUCCCAGGCUAUGGUCAUAUAGGACGAAAAGGAAUACAGGGCGCAAGAGGAUUCCCUGGAGAUAUGGGGCAAAAGGGUGAAAUUGGCAAUCCUGGAAUUCCUGGGGAGCCUGGACCCAAAGGAUUUAGGGGACUAAGACUCACUGCAGGUUUGAAAGGUGUAAAGGGAUCUCAAGGAACCCACGGCCCCCCUGGACGGAGAGGCCCUAAAGGCACAGCGGGGAUGCCUGUAUAUUCUCAAUGUGAUCUGAUCCGGUUUGUGCGGGAACACAGUCCUUGUUGGAGAGAAAAGUGUCCAGUAUAUCCAACAGAGCUGGUAUUUGCCCUGGACCAGUCCCAUGGUAUCACAGAACAGAGAUUUAAUGAAAUGAGAGAUAUGAUCAUUUCUAUUGUCAAUGACCUUAACAUCAGGGAAAAUAAUUGCCCUGUGGGAGCGAGAGUUGUUGUGGUUGCCUAUGACUCAGGCACCAGCUAUCUCAUCCGUUGGUCCGACUACCAUACCAAGAAACAACUCCUCCAGCUUCUUUCCCAAAUAAAAUAUCAAGUCCCCACGGAAGCCCGAGACAUCGGUAAUGCGAUGAGGUUUGUGGCCCGGAACGUGCUCAAGCGGACGUAUGCGGGAGCCAACGUGAGGAGGGUUGCUGUGUUUUUUAGCAAUGGACAAGCAUCCAGCAAGUCAUCCAUCAUCACAGCCACCAUGGAGCUUAGCGCCCUGGAUAUCAGUCCAGCAGUCUUUGCUUUUAAUGACAGGGCUUUCCUGGAUGAGGCUUUUGGGUUUGACAACACUGGAACAUUCCAGGUGAUUCCAGCUCCUUCACAUGGGGACCAUGAACCAUUAGAAAGACUUCAGCGUUGUACCCUUUGCUAUGAUAAAUGUUUUCCAAAUGCUUGCACCAAAGAGAUUCUGUUGCCUGAAAAUUCUCACAUGGAUGUAGCCGUCCUCUUAGACAAUUCUCAGAAUAUAGCAAGUGGUGAGUUUAAGGUUAUGAAAGACUUGGUGAGCUCAAUGCUCGACAACUUCGACAUUGCUUCAGACCCUUUAAUCUCAGGCUCUGGCGAUAGGAUUGCCCUGUUGAGCUAUUCGCCUUGGGACAGUUCUAGGAGAAAGAAGGGUGCAGUCAAAACAGAGUUCGAAUUUACAACUUAUAACAGCCAAGUCCUAAUGAAGAACCACAUCCAGAAUUCCCUCCAGCAGCUCAAUGGAGAAGCUACCAUUGGCCAUGCCCUGCUGUGGACCAUGGAGAAUCUCUUCCCAGAAGCACCCAACCUGAGAAAACAUAAGGUCAUCUUUGUGGUCUCAGCUGGGGAAAAUCACGAGAGAAAGGAAUUGUUAAAGAAGAUGGCUCUGAGAGCCAAGUGUCGAGGCUAUGCCAUAUUUGUGAUUUCCUUGGGCUCUCCACACGAGGACCACAUGGAAGAGUUAGCCAGCUACCCACUUGAUCACCAUCUGAUACAGCUUGGGAGGAUUCACCCACCAGAUCUGGAUUAUAUUGUGAAGUUUUUAAAGCCAUUUGUGUACUCCGUCCGACGAGGAUUCAAUCAGUACCCGCCGCCAGCGCUUGAGAAUGCCUGUAGACUCAUCAAUUCACAAGCAGAGGAUAAUCAAAACAGCGGUCUCUUAUUUACUGCUGAGCCACAUGAGAUUCCUUCAGGAGAGAAUAGCUUCAUCAACCAGGAAUUAAAUGCUGGGAGAGACACAUCUUUUAUGUUGGAUGACCGUUUGGUUCACAUUCUAAGCCAAAUGUUUAUGCCACCAACAUUAAUGACUGAGUAUGAAGAUCAGGAUUCUGAAGAAAUUGCAGGUCUCACUUCUGGACAUGAAAACCAUGGCAGAAAGGAAGAACCAAGUCUUUAUGACAAACCUGGAGAUGCCUCCCUUCAAGAAUAUUACAUGGAUGUUGCUUUCCUCAUCGAUGCUUCCCAAAGAGUCGGAAAAGAUGAGUUUAAGGAAGUGAAAGCUUUCAUAACCUCAGUGCUUGAUUACUUUCACAUUGCCCCAGAUCCACUGACUUCCACCUUAGGGGACAGAGUGGCAGUCCUGAGCUACUCUCCGCCAGGCUAUAUGCCCAACACGGAAGAAUGCCCUGUCUAUCUGGAAUUUGAUCUGGUUACUUACAGUAGUAUCUACCAAAUGAAACAUCAUCUCCAAGACUCUCUUCAACAGCUCAAUGGAAAUGUUUUUAUUGGCCACGCCCUGCAGUGGACAAUUGACAACGUCUUUGCGGGAACCCCCAACCUGAGGAAAAACAAAGUUAUCUUUGUUAUAUCUGCUGGAGAAACCAACCCCUUAGAUAAGGAAGUCUUAAGAAAUGUAUCUCUGAGAGCCAAGUGUCAGGGCUACUCCAUAUUUGUGUUUUCAUUUGGUCCAAUGCACAAUGACAAGGAAUUAGAAGAAUUAGCCAGCCACCCACUGGAUCAUCACUUAGUCCAGCUUGGCCGAACCCACAAGGCAGAUUUGAACUAUAUCACCAAGUUUGUCAAGCCAUUUGUCUAUUCAAUCAGACGUGCCAUCAACAGCUAUCCUCCUGCAGACCUGAGACCCAAGUGUGCUAACAUUACCUCUCCCAACCCGGAGAACGUGGGCAUUGAAAACACUCUACACUUUAUUCCUGAGGUGUAUGAAAUAAAGACAGAGAACAGUGAGCCGGUCGGUGAAUUUGGUUCCCAGGAGCAGCAUGUCUUUGUAUUAGGGAGCAGUGAUGAGAAUGGUUCUGGGACCACUACUGAUCUGAUCCAGAAGUUAUACGCGCUCUUUUCAGCUGGGGAACUGAUGAUGAAAGACAAGGAAGAGGCACAUUCAGAAGAAAUUACAGCUCCGGCAAAUGAUAAACAACGAGAUAAAAAAGAUGGUGAGGACACACGAUGAUCAUAGCAGAAAGGAAGUUAGCUCCAUUGGCAUGUGUAACUCCCUGUGAC